AUGGCGGCGACAAGGGCCACCGAUAGCUUCACAGCGCCGGCGAGGCCGCUCAUCCUGGUGAUCCCGUACCCGGCGCCGGGCCACAUGAUCCCGCUCCUGGAUCUGGUCGGCCUCCUCGCAUCCCGCGGCCUCCGCGCCACCGUCGUCGCCACGCCAGCCACUGCCCUCCUCCUCGCGCCGCUCGUGGACGCGCACCACGACGGUGCCGUCCAGGCGCUCGUCCUCCCGUUCCCCUCCCACCCCGCCCUACCCGCAGGAGUCGAGAGCGCCAAGGACUCGCAGCCCACGCUCUUCGCAUCGCUCAUCGUCGCCUUCGCCGAGCUCCGCGGCCCGCUCGGCUCAUGGGCCCGCGAGCGGUCCGACACCCCGGACCGCGUGGUCGCCAUACUCGCCGACCACUCCUGCGGGUGGGCGCAGCCACUCGCGGCGGAGCUGGGCGUCCCAGGAAUCGUGUUCUCUCCGUCCGGUGUGUACGGUUCCGCCGUGCUCCACUCGUUAUUUCGCCGGGCGCCGAGGCGCGAGGACGAGAGCGACGAAGAGAGCCAUAUCAGCUUCCCGGAUCUCCCUGGCAGCCCGGCGUACCCGUGGCGGCAGCUGUCGUUGCUGUACCGGACGUACAAGGAGGGCGACGAGAUCUCGGAGGCGGUGCGGCGCAACUUCCUCUGGAACCUGGAGGGGUCGGCGUUCGUGUCCAACACGUUCCGGCGGCUCGAGGAGCGUUACCUCCGCGCGCCGCUCGCGGAUCUGGGCCUCAGGCGCGUGCACGCUAUCGGGCCGGUGGCGCCGCCCGACGCCACGGGCGACCGCGGCGGGGAGACGGCCGUGUCCGGUGUCGAUCUGUGCGCCUGGCUCGACAGGUUCCCGGACGACGGCUCCGUACUGUACAUCAGCUUCGGGAGCAUGGCGGUGCUGCAGCCGCCCCAUGCGGCGGCGCUGGCCUCCGCGCUGGAGCGCACCGGGCUGGCGUUCGUUUGGGCGGCCGGGAAAACGGCGCCGAUCCCAGAGGGGUUCGAGGAGCGCGUCGCGGCCGCGGGCGGGAGGGGCAAGGUGAUCCGCGGCUGGGCGCCGCAGGUGGCUGCGCUGCGGCACCGGGCGGUGGGCUGGUUCGUGACGCACUGUGGGUGGAACUCGGUGCUGGAGGCCGCAGCGGCAGGGGUGGCGAUGCUCACGUGGCCGAUGACGGCCGAUCAGUUCGUGAACGCCCGGCUGCUCGUGGACGAGCUGGGCGCCGCCGUGCCCGUGAGCUGGGGCGGGCUCAAGGCCGCGCCGGCCGCGGACGAGGUCGCGCGGGUGCUGCACACGGCCAUCGGCGGGAAGCAUGACGUGGUGGCGAGGGCGAAGGAGAUCGGUGCGGAGGCAGCCGCGGCGGUGCGGGAAGGCGGCGACUCGUGGCGGGAGCUGGAGGAGCUGGUGCGGGAGCUCGCGAGCGAAUCAAUAACCAAGACCGGCUUAGACUAUUAA